GCACAACACAGCCUCAAAUUCUGCUGCUUUCCUCUGCUCUCUUCAGAAGCACACCAAGAAGAGUAAACAAACAGUACAUUAUUCCCUUUCCAUCGGACAUAUCACCCUUUUCCACAAAAAGCGACAGCAUGGCGGCGUCCACUUCAUCCGUGAAAAGUAAGCGUGGAGAAUUCUCUUCGCAGGACUGGGUACCUCACAGGGCAGAAAUCGAGAGGCUCUACCUCAAAGAGAACAAAGGCCUACCAGCCGUCAUGGACAUCAUGCGAAAGAAGCACGGCUUCGAAGCCUCUAAAGCGCAGUAUGAAGCCCAGUUUAAACGCUGGGGCUUUCGGAAAAACAGUAAUGAGCGUCACUGGCGAUACGCGUAUUUCAAAAGUCGGACUCGAAAAGAGGCGGGGAAGAAUAGUUUGAUAUAUCUCAACAACGUUUUGAAACCGGAGAAGACGGUCAAGAAAGAGUUUCAACGACAUGUCAAGCUCACGGAACAACAUAUGCCAAGUAAGUGAGCCAAAGUAAAUUUUAUUGAUCGAGGUCAGCUAACUGGUACCGCACCUUUGAAGCGCCAUCGCUCUCAGAAUGUCCAGAAGGGCUAUUUGUCUGCACACCUCCAGAGGCGUCGUUGGAAAAACUAAGAACCGAUAACUUCCCAUGGAUGAGCUUCCGAAAUAUGUUCGGAAUGAGUUGU